AUUUGCCCUUCGUUCAGCUUUUCUAGUGCAGAAGACAUGGUAAAAAGCAAUAAGAAACUAAAUUCCCAAGAUGGCGCAACAAAUGCUAUCAUAAGUCACAAUGUCAACAAACAGGUCAAUAGCCUGGCUUUCUUCUCCCGACCAAAUGCCCCAAAUAGCUUUUCAUUGUUCUUGGAAAGUUUUGUGCCCCCUGUUGCAAAUUCCCUGAGACAUUUUGGGAGUCUGCCGGUCUUAGGCCCCGUCUCCCUCCAGUUGGCACAGAUAAAGACUCAGUUGGCACUGCACCAGCUGAAUGCAAUUGCUGGCACAAGCGUUACUCCGUCUGCAAUUGCAACACCUGCUUUGACCUUGCUCAACUUGCUUAAGGUCACCAUGUCGCACCCAUUGUAUAAUCCCCGUGGAGGGCUGUUCCCCAGCGCUCAGAGACCCGUUGUGCCUGGCCAAUAUGGUCUUGGGUCACAGCCUCGAAUGGAGCUGGGGGCAGCCCGUCUUGGCCCAGGUUCAAUGUCCGGUUCUCGUGGGGGAUUGGUCAACCAGCCCUUCUCACUCGGACAACGGCAGCCACAGAUUUCCCCAGAUCUUGAAGCCGCCAUAGACCAGAACCUUCGGGGAGCCCGCGAGGAAGUGCGCCUUCUCACUCAAAUGCUCCAGCAACCCAAAAAAGUAGAUCCCCGCAUGAGAAAGGACACAAGGGAUGAGGUGCUUUCCUCCGGAGGGAACAUCUUUUCAGGGUCUUCGAGAUCUGAUGAGGUGGACUGGUCCAUAUACCAAGGCCCCAGCAAGCUCUUCGGAUCUUCAAGCUUGGAUCGUCCUUCCAGUUCCUCACAGCUGUUCCAGUCUCCGGGUUUUGGCGGAGGAUCAAGCGGUUUGGACGGCCAACCUCCACCAGAACAGCGGCCUUCACGUUACACCUCUGAAAGUGCCAGCAGCAUCCUAGCAAGCUUUGGACUCUCCAAUGAGGACCUAGAGCUUCUAAGUCACUAUCCAGAUGAUCAACUGACUCCUGACAACCUACCGUUUAUUUUGCGGGACAUCCGUAUGCGUAAAGUGAAAAGGGACGUUGAUGCGAGAUCUCAAGUCAUUGACUAUGGACAUUCUAGUAAAUUUGGCUACCCCGAGGAGAGCGCGGAUGGCUAUGCAAGUGAACAACACCUGCCUAAAGAGUCACCAAAGUAUGUGAGUGAGGUCUCUAAACCACCCUUCAGUGGCAUGGACAUCACAAAGCAUCCUAAGCCAUGCCAGCCAGCUCCAGUCCCUGUUCCAAAGCUUCAGAAACCUCCACCGGUAGAUCCAAGACUCGUGAAGACGAUCCCAGUGAGACCAUCUGCAUCCCAGACUGUUAUGCCACCCCCGGGUCGACCUCCUGCGCAGAUGCCGCCUCAACUUGGUCUUCUUCCUAUGAUGGCCAUGGACACUAUCUCCGGAGGUCCGAAUGCCAACUGGAUCCCGUUCCUUUCGCCUCCAAUCAACGUGCCCGCCACCAAGAGGCUUCCGACUCCUACCAUGAUGAAUGAUUACUCAGCAGCUACUCCAAGAAUCUUUCCUCAUACAUGCUCUCUAUGUAACAUUGAAUGUGUCCAGAUUAAGGACUGGCUUGAACAUCAGAACACAAAUCUUCACAUUGAGAGUUGUAGGCGUCUUAGGAAACAAUACCCUGACUGGAAUGUUGAGUCUGUCUCAGUUUCAAGACCUGAGCCCAAAUCAGAACACAGCAGCUCAAAGCGGCACACCCGAUCACACUCGUACUCCAGAUCCCCCAGCCCGAAGCGGCACCAUGACUCUUCAAGCCGUCGUAAACGAUCCCGUUCACGCUCCCGAUCCCGAAGCCCUAGAAGGUACCGGCGUAGCAGAAGUCACAGCCGGUCCCCCCAUAGGAAGUCUCGAGGAAGUCCUUACAGACGAAGGUCCCGUAGUCCUCCAUCUCAACGAUCAAGGUCUCCAGUUUACAGUAGGCGCUCUCCUUCACGCCGCUCGAGUCCCCGGCGGAGCAGCCCGUCCCGGCAGCAGAGAUCCAGCAGUAGUGAACGACUGGCCAUGAAACUCAUGUCAUCAGCUGAGCUUUCCUCAAUUACAGACAGUAAUACUUUGAAGGCUGUGGUGAAGUCCUUGGCACCAGCCCUGCUUGCUGAGCUAGCAAAGAAGAAGGGUGUUUCCUCUACUUCCUCAUCAAAGGGAAGCAGCAGUAGCUGGAAACGGCCUUCGCCACCUAAGAGAACUGAAUACUCCAAGUCAAGCAGCAGACCCUCCGUCACAAAGACCCCCAGCACUCCAAAGCCUAAAGCCAGGGAUGCCCCGGGCACGUCAUGUUUGCUGAGGCUCGUUGGACUUCCUCAUGGGACUACCAACAAAGAACUGUCUGAUGCCAUUGAACCUUUUGGGAAGAUCUACACUGCCAUCCUCCUGAAGGCGAUUCGAGAGGCCUCUGUGUGUAUGGAGAGAGAGGAGGAUGCCAGAGCUUUGCUCAACUUUAAGAACCUGACAAUUCGUGGUCAGGUCAUUAAGAUCUGCAUGGAGAAGGAUGCAAGAGAGGAUGAUGAUAGGAGAAAACCUGUUAAGAAAAAAGAGAUGACUAUGACAAAACCUACCCAGUCAGCGAAAGUGAAAGGUUCAAAUCCAGUAAAGGGUUCAAAUCCAGUGAAGGGUGCAAAUCCAGUGAAGGGUGCAAAUCCAGUAAAGGUUGCAAAUCCAGUGAAGGCAUCUCAGCCAGCUAAAGCAAAAGAGUUGCCAGGUUUCAAGACACCUCAAGUAACCAAGGGAAAACCGAACGACCCCAAAAAGAUGGUACAGACAGCUAAAGUUAAACCCAAUGUUAAGGGUUCAGAGACCGCAGUUGCCAAGAAGUUUGUAAAGAAGGAAGUACCCUGGAGAAAAAAUAUAGUCGAGAUUACGAAUCUUCCAGAGGAAGGGGUUACUGAGGAUGACCUCACCAAUCUUGCUAAACCAUAUGGGUUCAUUGAAACUCCUGUCAUAGCAAUCACUCAACAGAAGGCCUACCUGCAAAUGCCCAACACAGAGGCAGUUGAAGCAAUGGUGAAGGCCUGCUCUGAGAACCCAGCUAAAGUGAAAGACAAAGAGAUAACCGUAAAGAUGAUGGCGCAACCUAUAGACCUGAACUACACCGAGUCAGUUUUCAGAGUGUUCAUGGGCAUGGAGAAAUCACCUGAAAUCAUCACAUUGCCAGAACGCCUUCUCAUUGUUAGUAAUGUACCAAAAACAGUUGUGGCAAUCAAAGAAGUAGAGACCGUAAUCAAACGCUAUGGUAAAUUCAAGAAGGUUUUGCCUCUAAAUGGCAGGAUGAUUUUUGAAAUGGAGAAUGCUGCUAUGGCUAGGGCUAUUUUCAUCCGCUUCAUUAAGUUUCGUUGUGUAAUCCAGAACAAUACCCUCAACUUCCAACUGGCCAAACCAAUCAAGCUGAAAAAGAAGCCAGAUGCAAAGGGAACGAAGCCUCCUGGACAAUCAGCAGCAACAGAAAGUAAACCUAAUACGGUCAAAGCUAAAAAGCCAGUGGCUGCGGCAGCAGCUUCUGGUGCAUCUACCAGAUCUACUGUGCAUAGUGAAGAAAAGUUGAAGUUGAAAACUGAACUUACUGCAGCUCCCAAAAACAUUGCAGUUGGAAUGCCUGCUAAUGCAGAAACGCAUACUCCUGAGAUUAAAGCAGAGAUGGAUAUCCAAGCUGUAACUGAAACUGUCAUGGUGACCCUGGAGACUGAAUCUGUGAAAAAAGAGCAUGAAGCUGGAUCCUUAGUUCCCAGUGCAGAACCUGAGUCUAUGAACAAGGCCCUUGAAACUGGAUCCUCUGUUCCCUCUUCAGAAUCUGUCGUUUCAGUUGAGUCUGGGAAAGCAAAGCUUGAAGUUGAAUCAUCUGUUCCUGCUUCAGAAUCGGCAGUUUCAGUUGAGUCUGGGAAAGCAAAGCUUGAAGUUGAAUCAUCUGUUCCUGCUUCAGAAUCUGCUGUUUCAGUUGAGAAAACAGAGCUUGAAAUUACAUCCUCUGUUCCUGCUUCAGAAUCUUCCGUUUCAGUUGAGUCUGGGAAAACAAAUCUUGAAUGGGCUCCCUCAGGAGAAUCUGCUGUUUCGAUGGCGUCUGUAAAAGCAGAGGAUGAAUUGGCUUCUUCAGAAUCCGUUGUCUUAUUUGACACAACUGAUCAGACAGUGACUUCACUCGCAAACAAUCAGAAUGUCCCACAGGCUGAAGAUGCUCCCAAAGAAUUGGUUCCUACAUCUGUGGAAGAAAGCAAAAUUGACAAUAAAAAGCAAGACGACGACAAGAAUGUUGAGUCCAAGUCAGAAAUGGAUAUUGUUGCUUCAGCUGUUAGCAGUGAGGAAACGGCAGUAGAGGCCAUGGAGACACAGAGUCCAGAAGAACCUACCAAAGGCACUGAUGUCAAAGAGGAAGCAUGUGGACAGGAGCUCAAGAUCAACAAUGAGGGCCAAUCGAAUGACUUGACAAUGGCACCAAAUGAAUCUUUAGAGGCGGACAUUAACCAUGAGUCGAGUAAUCAAACUGAACCUACAGCCGUUGCAUCUGACUCCAUUUCAACCUCAGAUUCUGCCUCUGAUCUGCCCUCCACUUCUGAUCAUACUGUUAGUAAUUCAUCUGUCACAGUUGAUUGUGCCUCAAACCUUCCCCAAACAGUCCCUGAGCCCUUCCAGAUCGACGACGACUCUCUGGACUUUCCUCCGGUUACGCAGGAAAUUUUGAAGGCCCUUGAAUUAGCUGUCCAUCAGUGUCGCUUACAGUCUUCAUUAAAACGUGCUGAAGAGGAAGCCAAACAGAAGGCAGAGAUGGAGGAAAAAGCUGCAGAGAAGACAACCACAAAAGGUCCAUCAAGCUCAAAGAAACCUGCUCAAGCGACGAAGAAAACCACUCAAGCAGUGAACAAAAAACAGGCAGAGAAAGAGAAAAAGUCUCAGAACUCCGGGUCCAGAAGCAGGCCUGUGGACACCUCAUCCCCAGAGAAGGAGUCAGCUUCUAGGCACAGGAACAGGGGUAAUUCUGAAGAAGAUGGUCCUACCACCAGGCGUGGGGGAUCAUCCUCCCGAAGAAGUAGGCGGGAAUCCAGCCCUCCAUCAAAGCGAUCAAGGGGGCAUGAUGUUGAUCGCAGGAGUCAUAGCAAAAACUCACAAUCCUCAAGGAGUCACUCAAAUUCAAGGACAACCGAAAAGGAAAACGAUGAAGAACCUUUUCCAUUUAACAUCGAUGAGUUUGUCACUGUUGACGAAGUAGGGGAUGAUGCAGAGGACACUGUGGCCUCAAACGCAGAGUCUUCAGCCAGGGAAGAGAAGACUCAUGAUGAACCCGAUCCCCAUUCAAUUGUCUCUCCUAUUGCACAGUCAAUUCAAGCUAAUACACCAGAACAUACUGACAAGACUAUACCUUCUGAGACAGGGGAACCUGGAGUUAAUGAAUGUAUGGACACCAAGACUGAAGAAACCACGCCAGUUGCGGAAGUGGUCGCAUCUCAAAAGCCAGAAGAGCAUGAGUCUCAGGAAGAGUGUGUUGAUAAACUGCUGGGAACAGAUGGGAUGGAAACUGCCGUUGUUAAGAGCGAGACAACAGAGCUUUGUACUGUGGCUGAAAGUGCUUCAGCCAAGAUGGAUGCCAAUGUUGAGACCCUUUCAACCGUGAAAGAAAGCACUGACAUUGGGGUCUUGGAUGAAUUUGAGCCAAGCCAGUCAGUUUCCUCCUCUCCUUCACAGAAGGAAGGUUGCCCACCAUCUUCUGCAGAAACUUUAGUGAAAUCAGAAGAUGACCAACCCAAACAGCCUGAAACAUCUGCCCCAGAAAUGGACAGUAAAGAUGAGGCAACUGGGAUCUCUGAGCUUCCAUCCCAUGAUGCUUUGGUUACUCUUGAUGAGGUCAGUGAGGGUGAGGAAGAUUAUCUUGAUGAAUCAAAAGAGGAUCAGCGUUCAAAGGCUGAUGAAGAACCUGAGGGACUUUUAACAGUUGAUGAGGUUGGAGAAGAUGAAACGGGGGGUGAAGAAUACCAGUUGGACAAAGACCUUCAAGGCCUGGUCACGUUGGAUGAGAUUGUUGAUGAAGAGGAGGAAUUUGAUUCAUUCAACCCUGAGACUCUUGUAACCUUGGAUGAGGCCAAAGGUGACGAUGAGGAGAUUAAGGAAUUGGAGCAAAGUAAAGCCAGGUCAACCAGUCCCAGAAGCACAACACUAAACAUACCAGAGGAGCCUGUGAAAUCACCAAGCCACGAAGAGGAUUCAUGUGACCUGGAAGAGCUCCGCAAGAUGAAUUUUGUAACUGUGGAUGAAGUUGGGGAGGAGGAAGACGAACAACCACCUAGUGAAGAGAUCAAAGGGGAGAAACAAGUUAAAAAGAGAGCUACAAAGGCCAAAAAGAGGGGUCGUCAGACCCCAGUGAGGCGAUCCACAAGGGGUAAAAGAGGGGCGACAAAGAGUGCUGAAGAAGCAGAGGAGCCCGAGAUGAGUGAGGAGUUCGAACCAGCGGCAGCUGCUCUUGAAUCCGUGGAUCUUAAUGUUAAGCCAGAACCGCAAAAGGCUGAACCGGUUCCAGAUUCAUUGAGUCUGGAGCUCUCUUCAGGGUCAGAAGAGGACAGGCCUAGAGCUAAAGAUGAUGACAAUUCUGCUAAGUCAGAAAGCGAAAUUUUUGGCACACCAAUCACUAAUAAAAAAUCCACUAUCAAAGAAGAGUCCAAGCAACGUCGGGAGACUGAGUCGAUACAGGAACCCGAGGUUAAAAAGGCCCGAUCUCAAUCCCCUGUGAUUGAAGACUUCACCUUGCCCCCGUUUACCCCAGACAGCCCCAUUGGGGUUGACUUUGUGGUGCCCAAGACAGGUUUCUUCUGCAGACUCUGCUCUUUGUUUUAUGGCAGUGAGGAAACUGCUAAGAAAAGUCACUGUAGUAGCCUAAGGCAUUACCAGAACAUGGAGAAAUACUACAAGAACCUCAAGUCUCAGCAGACAACGUCCAGUCAAAGCUCUGCAUCUGAAUAGCCCCUAUUAAGUCUUUUUUUCAUCAAAGUUAACAGAUGGGUCCAAUUAUUUUGUUGUAAAAUUUUAUUCAUUUUUCUUGUUUAGAGUGAAAUACAUUGCCUCAUGCUUAAUAAACACAUAAUCAGUUAAACAA